ACAAAAACCAGCCGGCGAGUGCGCUUCGCCGGCCCAAAGCCACCCUCUCUCUCUCGGCAGCCCUGCUGUGCCUGAACCGCCGGGAAUGAAUGGCGAUGUGUGAUUCAAGAGCAUGAGCAAACUGGAAGAUUUGAAGAUGAUUAGGCGCGAGUGAACUCGUCAAGAAGACUCAAGAAGCGGGACUCACCCUGCUCAUGUCGUCUUGACUCUCCGUGCUUCUGAGGGAUUGUGAGCGAAGCUGUAAGCAGAACGAGAGCGUCGGGAGCUCUGUACAGUAGUCUUUUUACACUAAAACUGGCCGCCAAGACGUUCUAAGUGACUCGUCGGUUGCGUAGGGGUUGUAGAUGUAUUUUCGGGUGGGUGGACUGCUGGAAUUGUUGCCCUGUCUUGAAUCCAUUGUCGGUUUCGGCUCAACCCGCCGGUUGCGGUGCAGUCGUUCGCUCUUCGAUUCUCAACUGAACUGUUGUCCAGAUGAGCUUCUCAAAUCCUCAUUAAUUCCUCUCCAAACGCUCACAUAGUUGGUGUAGUAACAUCUUGAAGUCGGUGCAUACCAUACAGGAAUGUAUAUCCGUUUGUAUGUGGCAGUGUUUGUGAGUAAGUCGUGAAGUGGAGAGACCUGAGAGUCCUUGGUGCCCUCCAGCAUCCCUUGUCUCGUUGUCCCUUGUCGAGUUUUCGAAGUAUUAUUGAUUCAACACCCCGAGCGGUGUGGAAUAAUUGGUUCUAAAUGAGUGAGAGGCGAGCUCGAAAUGAGUUCAUUCGGCCACAAAGAUCAGACCCGACUGUCUUUUGAGGCCUAUGUCCAAGAUCUGGGCAGUUUCACCGCUCAAAAGCUUCUCAGUCACCUGGAUUCGAUUCGUGAGAAUUGCGAUUCCUGGGACGAUCUGAGUCCGGAAGAGCGACAAACGCUCUUGAACGAGGCCACCAUACCUCAGAGGAUCCAGGCUCAAUACGCCGGAGUUCAUCCACAGCCUCUGCCUUUGCACGCUCACUCAGUGUAUCCUCGACUCAAGUUUCCUACCGGGUUAAAGACCCUGACCAUUGAAGAUUCCACCGGAUCCACGGGCGAAGAUCUCGACUCGGCCUCUUCAUCUUGUACAUACACAUUCCAAGACGAGCACAGUGCUCCGUUCUCGUGGCGAACCAAAAGUCAGCAAGACCUUCGCUUUGAAAGUGGGACCCCGGUCUCCAUGAACUCGGAUGAGUUGCAAGAGAACGGGCUGGUCACUCUGACCAAUUCUCCAUCGAAGAUCCUGUCCAUGCAAUCCCAGAACAUGUUGCGCUACAGUAAGGGCAAUCCGGUGUUCGCCAAGCCGGUUCAAAUCCCGGUGGUGCCCAUGCUCCCCAAACCCGACAAGCCCCUUCGCUUGGCCAAUGAAAACGUGCCUCCAGAGCAGAUCAACAAUUUCGUCUACGAAAAUGACGCCAACAAAUUGGUCUUGGACUUUGGUGAAGUGGAUCUGAAUGGGGAGAGUAUUUAUGGGACCACGGGGGAGUAUGCCAAUUCCACGUGUUCCAUGCGCACAUCCUCGCCUGACUCGACGAAAUCCUCGCGGAGCUUGAUCUCUAAAAUGAAGCGCACUCUGGGACCAACUUUAAGUCGGACUCGACGAAAAUCCUCCACCCAAGGGGAUAUGGAGCCCCAAUCCAAAGCCUCCACAUCCUCCUUAACCACCACUUCCUCCAGCACCAUGUCUUGCAAUGGUAGUAGUUCAGGCACUGAGCCCAUCUAUGAGAAUCCAGCUCGACUCCUGAAGAUUGUGAAGCCUUCCGUGGCUCCUCCACCUCCUCCACCUUCAACGGCGAAGGCUGAAAUGGCUGUCAGAUCGGAUGAUGUCCGUCCGAAAUCCCCGCAUCGUGUUUCAGAUGUCCAGAUUGCUCCGGAUUUUUCGCAGAGCCCUGGAAAUCAAGUUGUUCCGGUGAAGUGUCCUCCACGACCUCCUGAGAGAAGAGAAUCGCUGGAACGGGACGCUGUCGCAAACCAAAGAAAUGGAUCGGAUGAACCCAUCACCAAAGAUACCCGAGACAGUGGAGACUUGGAAGACUUCAAGAUCGAUCUUCACACAAAUUCGGAUCUUCCCAAAACUGGAUUCGACUUUCUGGACAAUUGGUAGACAUCUCGUCAGUGUCAUUCACUUUCGCCGUGAAUUGCGCAGACAACAUGUCGUUUUCGGCCCAAAUUCAUCCUUGUUUCGUUAUUGUUCGCAUCUCUCUUUAUCUCCUAUCCACCUGUCUCACUCACUAGUCGCUCGACCGAGGACAACCAAAGACCUGUGCCCAAUUAGUGUCUGUAUAAAAACUUGUUGAUUUUCUACUUUUCGGACCAGAAUACAACCACAAGACAUGCGUGUCCUUGUCCUUAUGAAUCA